UUUUCUUGCAAUUUAUUGCGUAGUUUAUCAUAUGACAUUUUGUGUAUAUGUCAGCAUGUUUGACUGUAGAUGCAUUGUUCACCACCAGAUACAGACCUUAAGGCAGCUAAUGAUUUGGUGGUAGUAAGGCAUGGUGAGAGUUUUAGUACCAAUCUACGAAAACUAUUUUGUCAGCCCUUUGGAAGAAGAAAUUUGUCUAAGCCACCAACUGAGGCUGGUGCUCAUGGCCAGCUGAAUUCUAUUGAACCAACUGGUGGUACAGUGCCUAAACAACAACCGAAUGGACCAAUCCAGUCACAGUUCAACACCAGUAGUGGCAUGCAUUCAUCUGACCAGUUUCUCCCUCUCAGCAGUGCGGCUCUUGUAAGUACUGAUAGUUGAUACAUUCCUUCCAUCAUUAUGACUGUAUUACCUUUUGCUUCCAUGGCAUGUCGUUAUAACGUGACUUUUACUAGUGGUAUUAUACC